CUGACCUAUGGACUUGGGACAUGCUUGGACUUGUCCAUUUCUGCAAUUGUGUGCAAAAAAUACAGUACUCCAUAAUUGUCUGAAGACCACAUAGAGCCAAAAUGAAUGAUAUUACCCAAAAGGCUGAGAUUCUGCUUUCUUCAUCUAAACCUAUUUCAAAAACCUAUGUGCCAAAACUUGGCAAAGGUGAUGUAAAGGAUAAGUUUGAAGCCAUGCAGAGAGCCAGGGAAGAAAGAAAUCAAAGGAGAUCUAGAGAUGAAAAGCAAAGAAGAAAAGAACAAUAUGUUAGAGAGAAAGAAUGGCACAGGAGAAAGCAGGAGGUUGUUUUAUCUCUUUCUUCUAUUAAAGAAAUGCUUGCUUCUGAUGAUGAGGAAGAGCUAUCUUCUAAAAUAGAAAAGGCAUAUGUCCCAAAGCUAACAGGAACUGUUAAAGGUAAAUUUGCUGAAAUGGAGAAACAACGACAAGAGGAGCAAAGAAAGAGAACAGAGGAGGAACGAAAGCGCAGAAUUGAGCAGGAUAUGUUAGAAAAGAGGAAAAUACAGCGUGAAUUAGCAAAAAAGGCUGAGAAGAUUGAGGACAUAAACAAUACGGAAACAGAAUCAGCGUCAGAGGAAGGAGAUGACUCGCUACUUGUGACAGUGGUCCCUGUCAAAUCACACAAAAUAGCUGGAAAAAUAAAAAAGAAUUUUGAGGAUCCAGAAAAAGAACGGAAAGAAGAAAGAAUUAAGUAUGAAGAAGAUAAAAGAAUGAAAUAUGAAGAGCAAUGCCAUUCUCUAAAGGAAGCAAAGUGUCUUUCAUUGGUCAUGGAUGAUGAGAUGGAAAGUGAGGCAAAAAGGGAAUCAUUCUCUCCUGGAAAAUUGAAACUAACUUUUGAAGAAUUAGAAAGACGGCGACAAGAAAACCAAAAGAGGCAAGCUGAAGAAGAAGCAAGGCAGCGUUUAGAAGAAGAAAGACGUGCUUUUGAAGAAGCAAGGCGACAAAUGGUAAGUGAAGAAGAGGAAGACCAAGACACAGAAAAGUGUUUUAAAGAGUACCGCCCUGGUAAACUUAAACUCAGUUUUGAAGAAAUAGAAAGGCAGAGGAGAGAAGAUGAAAAAAGGAAAGCAGAAGAAGAAGCCAGAAGAAGAAUCGAGGAAGAAAAGAAAGCAUUUGCUGAAGCAAGGAGGAGCAUGGUAAUAGAUGAUGACUCCCCAGAGAUGUAUAAAACAAUCUCUCAAGAAUCUCUUACACCUGGAAAACUGGAAAUUAAUUUUGAAGAAUUACUAAAGCAAAAAAUGGAAGAAGAAAGACGACGAACAGAGGAGGAACGAAAACAUAAGCUAGAAAUGGAGAAACAAGAAUUUGAACAACUGAGACAAGAAAUGGAAGAAAUGCAGAAGCAUAACCACCAUGGAAGAAAACAGAUAUUUGCCAAUGAAGAGGAAGAAAAUGAAACCUUUGAACUUAGCAGGGAAUAUGAAGAAUUAAUAAAAUUAAAAAGAAGUGGGUCUAUUCAAGCAAAAAAUCUAAAGAGCAAGUUUGAAAAAAUCGGACAGUUAUCUGAAAAAGAAAUACAGAAGAAGAUAGAAGAAGAACGAGCAAGAAGAAGAGCAAUUGAUCUUGAAAUUAAAGAGCGAGAAGCAGAAAACUUUCAUGAGGAAGAUGAUGUUGAUAUAAAGCCUGCCAAAAAGAGUGAAGCUCCAUUUACUCACAAAGUGAAUAUGAGAGCUAGAUUUGAACAAAUGGCUAAGGCAAGAGAAGAACAACAACAAAGAAGAAUUGAAGAACAAAAAUUACUACGCAUGCAAUUUGAACAGAAGGAGAUUGAUGCAGCACUACAAAAGAAAAAAGAAGAGGAGGAAGAUGAUGAGGGUAGCAUCAUGAAUGGAUCCACUAUUGAAGAUGAAGAACAAACCAGAUCAGGAGCUCCAUGGUUCAAGAAACCGCUAAAAAACAUGUCAGUUGUAGAUAGUGAACCAGUUAGAUUUACUGUUAAAGUAACGGGAGAACCCAAACCUGAAAUUACUUGGUGGUUUGAAGGAGAAAUAUUACAGGAUGGAGAAGACUAUCAAUAUAUUGAAAGAGGAGAAACUUACUGCCUUUAUUUACCGGAAACUUUCCCUGAAGAUGAAGGAGAAUAUAUGUGUAAAGCGGUCAACAACAAAGGCUCUGCAGCUAGUACAUGUAUUCUUACCAUUGAAACUGAUGACUAUUAAUCUCUUCUCUUCUUUCACCUCGGAACUUCUUCACUCUCCCACUUUUCUUACUACAUCCUAUCUUUUCUGUGGCUGGGCCAAAAAGGGAAACCAGAAGUGCCACUGCAUUGAUUUCUCAUUCCUUUUUCAUAUAAGUCUUCAAAACCCAAGCACCUGUAAAGAAUACCUACUUCUUUUGCCAUACCAUGCAACAAACAAUAAAUCUGCAUUAAAUAAUUGGAACUGUGUUUAUUCUACUGGACCCUAUAGCCUGCAUUUCCUGCCAAAGUCUCCAGCAAGUUUUCGGUUUUAAAAGUAUCAUACAUAAUUUUGCAUGAAACAAUACCAUUUAUGUAAAAGUAACAUGAUAGAAGAUGGUAAUUAAUGAAUUUAGAAGUCUAUUCUGUGGUUUUACCCCUUAGUCUUGUUUUGGUGGUUGGUGUUUUAAAAUUUGUAGAUGGAUGGGGGUAGAUAACAAAAAUUUAAAGUAUGAUUUUAAAGAACUAAGUGCCAUAGAAAAUCUGAUAGAAAUCACUGCCUCUAAGGUCUGAAUGUUGAAAGUAUCUAAUAUGUAUUCUUCAAAUGUGUAAUGCACAAAUUUAUAAAGCAAAUUUAUGUUGUGAUCUUGCCUAAAAAUAUUUUAAUAAGAAAGUUCUUAAAAGCAAUUGAUUUAGAAUAUAAUGGCACAACCUUCAAGUUUCAAAUUCUGGUCUUUGAAGAGUUUGUAAAUAAUUAGCUACCAUGCUCUAUUAUCAAGUUUUGUAUUUUAUUUGUCUGAUAUACAAUUUUACAAUGUAAACCCAUAAUAAAGUUAACUUGAUUGAAAAAUGA